AAGAGUCAAGACUCAAGAGUGAUCCGAGCGGCCACAUCUGCGCGCCGCUGCGGUCAUCUCGCAAAACGGCCUCAACCCCAACACGCUCGGUCGACUUUUCGACGUACUGUGCCCUUGGCAGAUCCCAUCAAGUCAUCAGAACCGUCAAAUAACCAUGAGUCGCUUCUCAACUCCAAGCCCACACAGCGACACCGCAGCUAGUCCCAUAGACGUCCCAAUAAGCAGCACCCGACAGGCCGAGAGUUGGGAUGACUUUGACUUCAAUCUUGACGAGGAGGAGCAUGAGCUGCUCGGUUUGGACGGGGAGGGUGCACACGGCGGGAGUAGGGAUCACUUGUCGAGACAGUUACUGGAUCAGAAGGCUUCGACUGUGUGGGAUGCUACUUUCAAUUUCACCAAUUCCAUUAUUGGGGCCGGAAUCAUAGGCCUGCCAUACGCGUUUUACGAGGCGGGCUUCGUUGCAGGGUUGGUCCUCCUAUUCGCUCUGACAUUUGUUGUAGACUGGACAGUCAAUCUUCUGAUCAAGGACGGCAAAAUGGCCGGCAAAAGCUCGUACCAGGAUCUGAUCUGGCAUUGCUUUGGGCAACGGGGAUACAUCACGAUAUCCAUAUUCCAGUUUAUCUUUGCUUAUGGAGCAAUGUGUGCCUACGCAGUAAUCGUCGGCGACACACUCCCGCUCGUGCUCUCCCACUUCAUACCAAACACAAACCUAAUCUACCCAAUCAUAUCAUCCCGCCGCAUCAUGAUCACGAUAUGCACGAUAUUCAUCUCCCUGCCAUUAUCGCUGUACCGGGAUGUAUCCGCACUAGCCAAAACCAGCGCCAUCUCGCUUGCCGCUAUCGUUUUUAUCAUCCUGUCGGUUGUGGGUUCGGGGGUGGCGCUGCCGGCGGAGAAGAAAGGGCCGGCGGAAGGGGCGAUGACGGUAUUGGAAGGCGGGUUCUUUCAGGCGAUUGGAGUGAUUAGUUUCGCCUUCGUAUGUCACCACAACACAUUCCUAAUCUAUGGAUCGUUGAAGAAGCCGACGAUGGACCGCUUUGCUGUUGUGACGCGGCUUUCGACUGGGUUCUCCCUGCUGGCAUGUCUCAUCCUUGCCGUGGGCGGAUAUCUCGUCUUUACCAGCAAAGUGGAGGCAAACAUCCUAAACAACUUCCCCCGCGACCACCUCCUCAUCAACCUCGCCCGCCUCUGCUUCGGCGCCAACAUGUUCCUCACCUUCCCCCUCGAAUGCUUCGUCUGCCGCGAAGUCAUCUACAACUACGUCUACGCGCACCCGACGCAGCUCGACGUUGCGCUGCCGCAUGGGGAUGUCGGGAACUUGGUGUCGGGUAGAGACCAUGCUUUGAUUACGGGGGCGUUGAGUUUGUCGGCGAUGGGGAUUGCGCUGGUGACGUGUGAUUUGGGGUUUGUGCUGGAGAUUACGGGCGGGUUUGCCGCGACAGUCCUGGCAUACAUAUUACCAGCAGCGUGCUAUAUUAAACUAGCAUCAGGCCCCACAUUCUCAUGGAAAAAAGCCGGGCCGCUGGCUAGCAUCUUUUUUGGAUUCGUCGUGAUGAUCUUGAGUACCAUCCUCACUCUCAAGUCACUAUUCAAGGGUGGGGAGGGCAAGCAAUGUGCGGCUUAAUCCUUAACCACCACCCCCCAACAGUAAAGGCUUAAG